AUGGGGAAGCUCUACAUGUAUUUUUUAUUUGUUAAAACACAAAAAAUCAGAUUAUCAUCGAAAUGGAAUUCUUUCACAAAGCCAAGACAGUUCGGCUCUGCAGCCACCAUUAAAAAAUACUUAGUUGCCGAAGACGAUGAAGAGUCGGUCAGGCAGGACAGAAAUGGAGCAUCCAAGAGAGCUCGAUGGACCGUCGAGCUCGUAACCGGCUCCGGCUCCGGCUCCGCUAUCCGCCUUAAUAGCUGCUACGACAAGUAUCUCACCGCCUCCACCGAGCCAUUUCUUAAAGGUUUGAGUAGCUAUCGGAAAGUUGUACAGGCCCCGCCGCCAUGUCUUGACUCCACGGUCGAAUGGGAGCCGAUCAUAGAUGGGGAACACAUCAGGCUUAGGAGCUGCUACAGUCAGAGCUUCCUCAGGGGCAGUGGAGGGCUUGCACCAUGGAGGAAUUCGGUCACCCAUUAUACAACUGAUGAAACAGAGAAGUCUAGCUUGGAAUGGGAUGUUAAUAUUGUUGAGAAUCUUGACAUACAUGAGGAUACAAUGAGUUACACACAACCUCCUCCUCCUCAGACCCCUCAGGUACCUUCAAAAUGCGAAACUCCGGCUGCAGCUCCUGCUUCUGCUCCUGCUCAUGUUCAUCCUCCUCCUCGACAGGGUAACAACGUCUCUAACGGGCAAUAUACGCAGAUAGGAAUUGGGGCAACAGAUUUAGCAAUAGCUGCAGAAAGUCUAGCAGUAGACAUUUUGGAUUUCUUAUAGGAAGCAGUAGACAUUUUGGAUUUCUUAUAGGAAGCAGUAGACAUUUUUGAUUUCUUAUAGAAGAUGUCAAUUUUGAACACGGCCAACAGCAGAGAUUGUCCCAUAAUCUGAUUUAUUUAAUUGUUAUGUUAGUUCAAGUAUAGUUAUUUUAGUUUAAGUGAACAAAUUAUUUCUUUUUUUUUAAUUUUUGGGCAAUAAUUAUGGGCUGUAAUUAACGGCAGGUUAAUAUAUA